UGCGGAACAAAAGUCGAAUGGCAUGUUUCCAGCGGACUGCUUUGCAAACGGACCGAGUGUGCAGUAGCUGUCUACCUUGCUUUCUGAGGUCAAGUGAUAUUGCUUCUGCUCUGCUUUGACACUAAGGAUAAACUUUGACACCAGUCCAUCAGUGAGGAUAACCUGCUGCAUAUCACUCAGUCAUGGCGAAGAAGAAGCGACUUCGUCUCAUCGCAGAGAUGGCUCGGAAGAUUCGGGAGUACCGAGAGCUCAAGUCCCGGCCACGGGAGUCCCAGAAGUACGCCCUGGACUAUGAUACUAUGAAGCGGCCUCUCACAGGGAAGAUGCUGCCAGUGCUGGCGUGGCAGGACGUCCGCAGGGAGAGCCACCUCUUCUCUCUGCUGGGAAGCAUGAGGAUGUUUGGAGUGGGUCGUAUCUUCACCCGAAAGUCAUGGCUGGAGGAUCACUCAGAGCCCAGCUACUGGCAGAUCACCAAAGUCAAAGUAGACUUCACGUCUGAGAAAAUGGAUCAUGGCAAAGCAUGGGGGGUCCUCACCUAUAAAGGUAAACAGGAGGAAGAAGCGAAGGAGAUUGAUAAGGUGAUGUAUCACGACUGGCGCCUGAUUCCCAAACACAUGGAGCAGCAGUUUAAGGACUUUGAGCCACUCCCUGAGCCACCGGUGCGCUACCUCCCGUACCCUCCUCUGCUCCGUGCCAUGCUGUUCGCCCAGCAUAAGAAACAGAGAGGCAGCGUGUUGACAGAGGAGCCCGCUCUGCCUUUAAAGAGGGACGUUGUGCUCAAUAAAGACUAUUUCCGCACACAGGAGCAGGAGAAGCAGAAGACACAGGGGACAGCUGUGUGAAAUGAACCUGAAGCUGUGAGGACUCGAAUCUUUGGGCAUUUUGCACCAAAUCAGUGCUGACAGAUAUACCACACUUCUACUGUCCAAAGACUCUGAAAGCCUUUGCCUCAAUGUCCAAAAUUCUGGACUCCACUCAGUUUGCUUUUGGGUUCAUCAAAAGCAGUCCUUUUCUGUGUGUAACAUGUGUCUAGCUGAUGUUGUUAAUAUUAAAUAUGAGUUUAAAUGUAA